UCAUGUGAUCGACUGUCAUGGCGGCGGCGGCGCUGCGGCUGGGUCGCGGCGUGGGUCCUCUAUGGCGGGCGCUGCAGCGGCCGCCACCGCCGCCGCCGCCUCGGAGGGCCGGUUCCAGCGGCGUCCGGAGCCGCCUGUACGAGCACGCGCGGGAAGGGUGGGCGUCGUGGCCGCGGCUGGACGUGGCCGGGCUGAGCGAGCGGCUGAGCGAGGCCGAGCGGGACCUGGAGGCGCGCAAAGGGCCGCUCAAGGCGCCGGACCUGCGCGAGAUCGUUACUGUUUGGGAGACACUGAAUCAGGUUCAAGAAGAGAUUGCAAAACUCACUGCAGAAAAAAAGAGAGUGAGGACAGAAGUGUACAAUUUGACGCAAAGCCAUGAUGACAGUACUUUACAGACGCUCCCUGUUUAUAACGCCUUGGUGAAAGAGGGGAGGGAAGUCCGUUUUCGCCUUAAUGCCUUGCGUAAGGAGGAGCUUGGGUUGCAAGAAAAAUACUACCUGCAUGCCCUAAAGUUGCCCAACAGGAUUCACCCUGAUGUGCAAUUUGGAGAUGAGAACGAACCCAGGGUAGUGGAGAUCAUUGGCGAAAAACCAGAAUUUGAUUUCAAGGUAAAAGGACACCUAGAAAUCGGAGAAAACUUGGAUAUUAUAAGGCAAAGACGCUUAGCACAUAUUUCCGGUUUACGAUCGUACUACCUCCGCGGGGCAGGUGCUCUGCUCGAGCGAGCCCUGGUCCAGUUCACGUUCUCCAAGCUGAUCCAAAAGGGUUUCAUUCCCAUGACCGUCCCAGAUUUGGUUAAAGGAGCCGUGUUUGAAGGCUGUGGCAUGUUACCUGAAGUCCAGUCCUCCCUGGUGUAUAGCAUAGACCCUUCCCGGUUUGAGGAUCUGAACUUGGCGGGAACAUCUGAAGUUGGCAUUGCAGGUUAUUUUGCCGACCACGCUGUAGCUUUGAAGGAUAUGCCCGUCAGGAUAGUGUGUUCCAGCACCUGCUACCGAGCAGAAACCGAAACCGGGAAAGAGCCUUGGGGUCUCUAUCGGGUGCACCAGUUCACCAAGGUGGAAAUGUUUGGGGUGACGGCCAACGAGACGGGUCUCGAAAGCAGUGCGUUGAUGGAGGAAUUUCUCAGCCUGCAGAAAGAGAUUUUCCUGGAGCUGGGAUUACACUACAAGGUUCUGGAUAUGCCCCCCCACGAACUGGGCCUCUCUGCCUUCAGGAAAUUUGACAUUGAGGCCUGGAUGCCCGGCCGGAACCAGUAUGGAGAGAUCUCCAGCCUCUCUAAUUGCACCGAUUUCCAGUCGCGGCGGUUGAAUAUCAUGUACUACAAUGAGAAAGAGCAGCUUAGCUUUGUGCAUACUGUUAACGGAACCGCUUGUGCCAUUCCUCGGAUGCUCAUUGCCAUUCUGGAGUCCAACCAACUCAAGGAUGGCAGCGUUCAAAUCCCGGCGGUCCUGCAGCCUCUGAUGGGCGCCGAGGUCAUCCACAAACCCAGCCACACCCCGCUAAAAUACAUCGGUCCCAACCAGGCCAAGAAAGGGAAGAAACCAGUCUCGGAGAAGCCCUGGAAAACUUAGAAGGGGCGAGGACCCUCCAUUAGGGGCCGGAAUACCACUGCGAAACAGGGCAGCCCCUCCUGAACAGCAAAAGUGCCACGUCGACCUGGGACCGGCGGCUGGAGAGGCCUCCGAGAUGGCGCGUUGCAUCGGCUUCUCCUGCAGAAGUCACAAAAGGAGAAAGACAUUUUUCUUGGGCUGUUCUAUUCUGGGCUGGUGCCCUGCUGGGUGGCAUCGGGCUGUAGAGGAGACCACUGCUCUCCUGCCUGGCGUCUUCCAGAGAUGACCCACCACCAACCCAACCAGCAGGGCCUCUUUCCAACAGAGGUGUCUCUUCAAGGAACCGUCUCUCCUGCCCAAGAGGGGCCUUGGUACCCUUUGGCCAGGCCUCCCUCGUCCCUCUCUGACAGAUGGAGACGUAUUUUCGAGACUGGGGGAGGUCCCUGCGCGGGGAGCAGAGCGGUUGGAAUCCUGCACCCCUCUUAACGUUUGGUCCUUUUCUCUUGUUGUCCCUUGAAAUUCUUUUUGGAAACAGCCCACAUCUCAGAUCCCAGCAGCCUAACUUGACCUGGAAGGAGAGGGCUAGAAAUAACAUCUGUAAAUAAAUAAAUAAAAUAAA